AUGCCCUCACAAUACACAGUAGAUAGGCCUAUGUCCUCACAAUACACAGUAGAUAGGCCUAUGCCCUCACAAUACACAGUAGAUAGGCCUAUGUCCUCACAAUACACAGUAGAUAGGCCUAUGUCCUCACAAUACACAGUAGAUAGGCCUAUGCCCUCACAAUACACAGUAGAUAGGCCUAUGCCCUCACAAUGCACAGUAGAUAGGCCUAUGUCCUCACAACACACAAUAGAUAGGCCUAUGUCCUCACAAUACACAGUAGAUAGGCCUAUGUCCUCACAAUACACAGUAGAUAGGCCUAUGCCCUCACAAUACACAGUAGAUAGGCCUAUGUCCUCACAAUACACAGUAGAUAGGCCUAUGUCCUCACAAUACACAGUAGGUAGGCCUAUGUCCUCACAAUACACAGUAGAUAGGCCUAUGUCCUCACAAUACACAGUAGAUAGGCCUAUGUCCUCACAAUACACAGUAGGUAGGCCUAUGUCCUCACAAUACACAGUAGAUAGGCCUAUGUCCUCACAAUACACAGUAGAUAGGCCUAUGUCUUCACAAUACACAGUAGGCCUGUCUUCACAAUACACUCUAGUUCUAUGAGUAUUCCUAGCCACGUAGGUCUCUGAUGUGUUAUGGGAUUGGGGCAGCGGUUUUAAUGUUGAAUGAUGAUACAUACAUUCAGGGUGAACAGGGACAUUUCUAAUUGUUAUGAUGCAGUAUUAUUAUAUGCUGUUUAUGCAGCGUUUGGGGGCGUUUGUGAGUCUAGGACGUCUGCGUUGCUGCAGCUGCUGUUGUUGUUGUUGUUGUUGAGUCUGGUCUUGUCUUCUUGCUUACUUUAUCUCUUACACAGAUGUCAGCGGGGUCCUGGGGAGGGAGGGAGGGAGGGAGGGAGAAAGGAAGGAGCGAGGGAGAGAGGGAGAGAGAGAGAUGCUGAGA